AGAUGCCUCUCUCACAUCAACAAAUAAACGUCCUCCUCCUUUCCUCACCGCUAACAGAAGUUCCGAAACGUCUUCAGCUACUCUCUAAACCAAAUCUCCCGAAGGGCAGUGUACAUAUUUUCUGUGUUUCUUCUUGGUUCAUCCGAUCAAGGCGUUAAAGCUUGCUCGUUUAAUAUCUCUGUAGUGUUUCCUUGCAACUCUACGUUUUUCGGCUUGUACUUCCGCAAUUGUUCUGAAAGUUUUCAUCUCCUCCUUACUGGUUCUAAUAUACAAAUGAAUCCUGAUAAGUUUACUCACAAGACCAAUGAGGCUCUUGCCGGGGCACAUGAGCUGGCAAUGAGCGCUGGCCAUGCACAAUUCACGCCCCUUCAUCUCGCAGUUGCUUUGAUUUCUGAUCCCGCUGGCAUUUUCCCCCAAUCAAUUUCUGGUGCCGCCGGGGAAGAAGCUGCUCGCGCUGCGGAGAGAGUCUUCAAUCAAGCAUUGAAGAAAUUACCUUCUCAGUCUCCCCCUCCGGAUGAGAUACCUGCUAGUACUACCCUGAUUAAAGUAAUUCGGAGGGCACAAGCAGCACAGAAGUCCCGUGGAGACACUCAUUUGGCUGUUGACCAAUUGAUUCUGGGUCUUCUUGAAGAUUCCCAGAUUGGUGACUUGCUGAAGGAAGCAGGGGUUGCUACAGCAAGAGUGAAAUCUGAGGUAGAUAAGCUUCGUGGUAAGGAAGGGAAAAAGGUUGAAAGUGCUUCUGGGGAUACAAAUUUACAAGCAUUGAAGACGUAUGGGCGGGACCUCGUUGAGCAAGCAGGUAAACUUGACCCUGUUAUUGGUCGUGAUGAGGAAAUCCGAAGGGUGGUGAGGAUUUUAUCAAGAAGGACGAAGAACAACCCGGUUCUCAUAGGAGAGCCAGGAGUGGGGAAAACAGCUGUGGUUGAAGGUUUGGCACAGAGGAUAGUUAGAGGGGAUGUUCCUAGUAAUCUCGCUGAUGUGAGGCUUAUUGCAUUGGACAUGGGUGCUCUGGUGGCGGGUGCAAAAUACAGGGGAGAAUUUGAAGAGCGAUUGAAGGCAGUUCUAAAGGAAGUGGAGGAAGCCGAGGGGAAAGUUAUUCUCUUCAUUGAUGAGAUCCAUCUAGUCCUUGGCGCAGGUCGUACUGAGGGCUCAAUGGAUGCUGCCAAUCUCUUCAAGCCUAUGCUUGCUCGAGGUCAGCUCCGAUGCAUUGGCGCUACCACGCUAGAGGAAUACAGGAAAUAUGUGGAGAAGGAUGCCGCAUUUGAAAGAAGAUUCCAACAGGUUUAUGUGGCCGAACCCAGUGUCGCAGACACCAUUAGCAUCCUUCGUGGGCUGAAAGAGCGUUACGAAGGUCAUCAUGGUGUUCGGAUUCAGGAUCGUGCUUUGGUUGUUGCAGCUCAGUUGUCUAGCCGCUAUAUCACAGGGCGUCAUCUUCCUGACAAAGCAAUUGACUUAGUGGACGAGGCAUGUGCUAAUGUGAGAGUUCAACUUGAUAGUCAGCCUGAGGAAAUUGAUAACCUUGAAAGGAAGAGAAUGCAGCUAGAAGUGGAACUCCACGCACUUGAGAAAGAGAAAGACAAAGCUAGCAAAGCCCGUCUCGUAGAAGUGCGGAAAGAGCUUGACGAUUUAAGAGAUAAACUUCAACCUUUGAUGAUGAAGUACAGAAAAGAGAAGGAAAGGAUUGAUGAGCUUCGCAGGCUCAAGCAGAAACGAGAGGAGCUGUUGUUUGCCUUACAAGAGGCUGAGAGGCGAUAUGAUCUAGCCAGAGCUGCGGACCUGCGAUAUGGGGCAAUUCAGGAGGUGGAAUCCGCAAUACAACAAUUAGAAGGAAGCGCUGGUGAAAAUUUGAUGUUGACAGAAGCUGUUGGACCAGAUCAAAUAGCUGAGGUUGUGAGUCGCUGGACUGGCAUACCAGUGACGAGGCUUGGCCAGAAUGAGAAAGAAAGGUUAAUAGGACUUGCUGAUAGAUUGCACCAGAGAGUGGUGGGACAAGAUCAAGCAGUAAGUGCGGUGGCAGAGGCAGUGUUGAGGUCAAGGGCUGGGCUCGGAAGACCUCAACAACCUACUGGCUCAUUCCUGUUCUUAGGGCCAACUGGGGUUGGUAAGACUGAGCUUGCGAAGGCUCUUGCUGAGCAACUUUUUGAUGAUGAAAAUCAGCUGGUAAGAAUUGACAUGUCCGAGUACAUGGAGCAACACUCGGUCUCUCGGUUAAUCGGUGCACCGCCUGGGUAUGUUGGCCAUGAGGAGGGAGGGCAACUCACGGAAGCUGUCAGGCGAAGGCCUUACAGUGUGGUCCUCUUUGAUGAAGUGGAAAAAGCGCACACAUCUGUGUUUAAUACUCUACUUCAGGUCUUGGACGAUGGGAGGUUAACUGAUGGCCAGGGUCGCACAGUGGACUUCAGGAAUACCGUCAUCAUCAUGACUUCGAACCUUGGAGCAGAGCAUCUCCUGUCCGGGCUCUCAGGAAAGUGUACGAUGCAAGCAGCUCGGGAUCGAGUUAUGCGAGAGGUGAGAAGGCAUUUUAGGCCAGAGCUGUUGAACCGGCUGGAUGAAAUUGUAGUAUUUGAUCCUCUUUCACAUGAGCAACUGAGGAAGGUUGCGAGGUUACAAAUGAAGGAUGUGGCGGUACGUCUUGCUGAGAGGGGAGUUGCUAUGGCAGUGACUGACGCAGCAUUGGACUUUAUCCUGGCAGAGAGCUAUGACCCGGUUUAUGGUGCUAGACCAAUCAGGAGAUGGCUUGAGAGGAAGGUGGUGACAGAGCUCUCAAGGAUGCUUUUAAGGGAAGAGAUUGAUGAGAACUCGACGGUCUAUAUAGAUGCUGGGCCUAAAGGCAACUCGUUAACAUAUCGUGUGGAGAAGAACGGAGGAAUGGUUAAUGAAGCUACUGGACAAAAGUCAGAUGUCUUGAUCCAGAUCCCAAACGCAUCUAAGAAUGAUGCUGCUCAGGCAGUCAAGAAGAUGAAGAUUGAGGAAAUUGAUGAGGAUGAAGAUGCUGAGAUGGAAGGUUGAAGUUUAUGAAAAUGGAUGAGACUUGAGCGGCUCCCCUUUCCUUUCCUUUUGUUUCCUUGUUUUACCCAGGGCACUGUAAAUGAAGACUCCCUCUGUUGAGGAAAAAGGUGUAUAUAUGGUUUGUUUGUUUGUUUUUGUUUGGUUGAGUUCGACUGAAGAAUGAAGACGCCGACUUUGUUGUGAAAUUACGAUAUGUGGGUCCCGUCCCAAGCUUUAAUUCACUUCUUUGGGAUAUUUUCCUCGCCUGUCGAGCAUCGACAUUCGGAAUUUGAAUCAUAUCAGAGCUGUGGUAUGAAA